CAUCCUCUCUUCCUCCCGCUCCAUAACAGGUUGCUCAGGAUGCGCUCCGUCUUUGCUACCGCUGUCGCCCUCUCUGCUCUCACCGCCUCCUCGGCGAAGCAGAUCGUCAUCACCGUUGGCGGUAAUACGACCAACAACGCGAGCACCGUCUUCCAGCCCGCAGAGGUCACCGCCAACAUCGGCGACGUCGUCUUCUUCAACUUCACCCAGGGCAACCACUCGGCGAUCCAGUCCGAGUUCGCGUCGCCCUGCAUCCCCGCCCACGACACCAACAUCACCGUCAACGGCUUCAACUCGGGCCCCCGCGACGCCGGGAACGGCACCGCAAUCACGAACCUGCCCGUCACCGUCACGGACAACAACACGAUCUGGUUCUACGACGCGAACACGUGUGCCGAGGGCGGCGUGGGCGGGAUUAACGUCAACGAGAGCAGCACGGAGACGCUUGACGGCUUCAGGCGGAACGCGAUCCGCCUGAACGGCACCUCGACAUCGACCUCAUCGAGUCUCUCCGCGACACGCACAGGCCCGAGCGCGGGCUCGUCCUCGACGUCGACGUCAAGCCCCAGCAACAAGUCGAGCGGCGCAGAGCGCGCCGUCUCACUCGGCUUCGCGGCCGUCGUGCCUAUGGUCGCCGCGGCGUUCCUCCUCUGAUCUUUGGACCAUUGGUCCAGACUCUGGUUUGCUCGAGGACAGUUUCUAUCCCCACUGGGGCAGUAUGUGCGUGCGCCCCGGCCUUCGCUCGCUCAGUUCCUGUCUGUACGGACCGGCUAUACCCUAUGACACUGUGCCUGCCCGAUCCCUCUGACUGCUCGGCUUCAUGGUCUGCAUACCUCCUUUGCGGGUCGUCACGCGCGUCGUCUGCACUGUCUUUACCAGAAUGGAUACUCGACGCGGCCGCGUACAGACUUCUAUCACACGUGUUCAUGGCUCGGACGAUUCAUGGCUGUCGUUGGAGUAGCUGUGUAUCACCGCUUGUUGUUGUGCCUCUUCUACGUCGUGUUUUGCUGUUUCGUGUUUGCGUUCUGCUUCGUCCAUCUGCUCAAUGGCAUUCGCUGUUUCGAUGCCAUACGUCGUUCGGCGUACCGUUUGUGAUGCGCA